AAGUACGAAUCACGGUUGAACGUAAUUAAUGAUUUAAGAACUGCGCAGACUCCGGCAAAUCUUACUGGUUUGUUCUUCUAGCCUCUGUUUCUUCGUCUGAAAGAUGACCUCAAAUAGCGUACUUCUUUUAGUUCUACUCGUAGCAGUGGUCGGAGCGGCGCCAAAGAAGAAAGAAAACAAACCUGAACCACGAGACAGUAAUCGUUCACUUCUAACAGAGCUUCAGCAGGCUGAAUCUUCCGGUGCAGGGACUGGGAAAGAAUCAGACUCAACAGCCGCUGUUCUAUUGGAAAAAGUACCCAAAUUUAAAACAAAAGUGGCAGAAAUAAAGUGGAAAUUGAACAAGGCACGAAAGAAACUGAAAAUUGCCAAGCAAUAUGUAACACUCGCUGAUAAGGUUUCACUAAUGAGAAAAAAAGGAAAAGGUGCCAGUAAAGAUGUCAAGGAUAUAAUACGGAAGGCAGAGAUUGCCUUGGUCCACGCUGGUGAACACAUGGGUCUCGAUUAUGUUCAUUUUUAGAAGUACUUUAAUUGAAUUUGGAAAUCAAUUAUCGGAAGCUUACACUAGGCAUGCAAGGGAAAAUUACCAAGGGAAAUGGACACCUAGAGGUUAACUUUGUCUAAAUGACGUUUUAAACCUUUCUAAAUUAUGUGGACAAUAAAGUAGAACUUAUGUGGGAAGAUGAUAACGAGUGAGCCAAUAUGAAACCCAGUAUGGUUUGUUUUUGUCA